CACACCUCCAUGUGCCAUCAAUGACCACCACAUCUGCAGCUAUGUUUUGGGCAGAAGGUUGAUUAGGAGAAAUCAAACAUCUUCCUAUCAACUUGGACCAAAGGAUAAAGCGCCAUGGCAGAGAGUGCUACAGGAAAGACUAGCACCAACAACUGGUGGAAGUCACUGACUGUUCGUAAAAAGCCUAAAGAGAUUUCUGUCUAUACUUCAGAAAGUUCUGAGGACAGAUCAUGGGGAAUUGGUGGUGGAUCUCUGAGUUCCUCCCCUGGAUCUAGAGAAAAUCAACACCCAAAUUCAAUGUCUGGUGGUGCAACAGAACUUAAUAAUGAUGCCAAGUCAGAUAAGUCAGCCAACACUGGUAGGAGGAACCUCAAGAUUUCUCGUUCUGGAAGAUUUAAGGAGAAGAGGAAAGUGCGCGCCACUCUGCCAGAGAGCACUAAGUUCUUUCAGGAGAACCCAUCUUCACAUUCAAAUGAUGAGAGACAAUGAAGUCUUUGGAAUCUCCAAGCUAAAGACUUAUCAAACCUUGCAUCAAAGGGCUGCUGAUGGGCUAAUUCUGCUAUCUUUUCUAUGUUUUCAUUGGCACCAACACUUGGCAUUAUGUCACUGUGGUGAAAUGCCUUUAUUAUUGGUACGUGAGUUAGUCCAUUACACCAUAUAACAAGGACUUUUUAGAUGGAUGAUAUUGUGUAUUUCAGAGACAAAGGGCAAAAAACCCUUUCCGUCCAAAGGUUUGUUUCAGUCAAAGUUAAUUGCAUUUAUAAAAUGUAAUUGUAUAAUAGAUUUAUCUAUGAAGAGAUAAACUCUAGAAAAACAAGGACAUUCAUGGAAAUUCAUUGAAAAUGAAAAUUAAGUCCUGUACUUGAUAUAUGGUGCUAAGAUUUAGCAUUAAUUAUUAUUGCAUUACUGAUGAUUGAGAUGAACAGAGAUCACAGUGUUCUUUAAAAUGUGGAACUGCAACUCUCAGCAUGCUGGCAGUAGUAGUUGUACAACAGCUAAGGAGCCCCAGGUAGAAAACCACUGCUUUUUCUCUUCUCUCAUAUCACCAUUUAGCUGUAUUAACAUGUCUGCUCUAAUAGCACUAUGCUUUUCAUGAAACCCAGCAAUGAAGGUGAUUGUUAGGCCCUGUUCACAUUACAGCUUGGCCUUCUGUCAGGAGUAUACAUUGUCAGGACUUCUGACUUAUAUCUCUGAUAAAGGCAGCUACGUAAGUUAUGUUUAAGGUAUACUGUAACAUAUGAGUCUCUGGGAAGCUCUGAUGAUGUCCAUAUACUGAUAUAUUGAUAUAUGUAACUGUCUAAAUAUUGGAUGUUUAUUUCGGAGCCUACCCAGGAAAGUCAAGUCUUCCUCCCAAUGUCACCCAGCACUGUGGUACUGUUAACAACCACCAGACGCACAUUUCUGUAUGAUGACUGUCUGUAGUACCACCAUUUUGGAGGUAGUAUAAAAAUGGACAGCCUUCAAGAAGUACUAGUGACUGUGUCCAUGAAUGGAUGGUAAAGCCACUGGAGAUACCCAAGUCUCCUUACUCUGGCAUCUGUUACCUAUAGGCUAAUUUGGUAUUCAUUUAAUGGACACUUUUUUUUAUAAGUAUCCCAGAGCCUCUAUCUGGCUGGUGGAAAGGCGUAGUCCAUCAGCCAGAUAGAGGCCAACUUUCUUUUGGUCGCCUUCUGACAAUGAAACCCUAUGAACACAUUUAUUAUGUAAUUCGGGAGGUUUACUGAUCUACACGAUAAACGUAGGGGCAAAUGUAUUGUGAACAGGGCCUAAAUUUUAGAAAUGUCAGCUUACUGUUAGAGAUUUCAUGAUUGAAGCAUUCAUUAUUUAUUUUUUUAAAGAGGAGAUUUCUAUAUCCAAAUAUUUUUUUACAUUCUGAUAAAAUUACAAUUUAUUUCUGAAGGUGCAUAAAUAAAUGAUAAAACGUAGGCCUUUUUUGAGGAAGGCUAAAAGGAUUUACUGCUUUGAAGAGUCGCUGAGCAGAUUAAUUUUGUUCUGAUUUAGAACCUUUAAUAAGAAUUACUCUCUUCGAAUGCAAUUUGAACUGGAAUAUGUUCAUAGUUUUCUAGUCGUGUAAUAAGGGAAGGGCUGCUUUUGUAUGUUUGAAAAACUUCUGAUCAAAUAUUUUGUAAUUGGCAUUAGUUCAUGGAGGAGAAUGCUGAAAUGCAAUUGUUCUAAUGAAUAUUAAAAAAUGCUGACAAUGAGCAGUGAUUGAUCACUUUAUCAUGAAUGUUUUUGUUAAACCUUAAAGGAGUACUCUGGGAAAGUUUUUAUUUUAUUUUUUUUAUAAACAUUCCCAUUUUGUCAAGUAUAUAAAAAAUAAACA